AUGGCGGCAGGGAAAGGGAAUCUGGAGAGGUUGUGGCGUGCGUUUCGCAUUAUCUUCUUCAUGAUCACUCUAGUGGCAUCGUUGCUGGUGCUGUCCGCGCCGGUGCUCGUUGCGGUGGGGGACACAGUGGGAUCGCUGGUAUUGGCCUUGAAGUUUGCCUGCGCGGGCUGCCACGGCCUUAGGGGGCUGUUGAACAAAUACUCGUUCAGGAGCUCGCUCAUGGAUAUAUCUCUCAUCUCCGUCAUCAGAUCUCUUGUUAUAACAUGUGAGGAAUCUUUCCCCGUUUUUUUGAUCAAUCUAUAUAAAAGAUUUCUUUCUCCGUUGUUCCUUUUUCUUCUGCAACGACUACGGAACCUUCGGUAACACUUGCGCUGCAGACGUGCGUAAAGAUUUUUUUUCGGAGAAACAGUUUCCAUUUUAAGCAUCGUGGGGAUCGCCUGAAACAAAAGACAUAUGACCGUAAAUUUUCAAUUUCUGCAGUAAAAAAAAUGGAGUAAAAUUCAAGUUUUAUUUCUCUUUUCAUACCAAUGAUUUAUUCGCGACUACAAUUACUCUGCUUAUAUUCAUUUGCAGAUAUUUUAAUCCGAACGAGAAUAUAACAGCUUAUUUUUUUUCAGAGCGACGGAAAAUGUUUUGAAAGGAGAAUAAUAGUAUCCGACUUGAGAACUGUUAUCCUUGUUUUUACUUCGACAAAAGGGGGACCCGUUCUUUCAAGUAUGACGUCUUUGGGGUUCAAAUGUGAAUUCCUUACGGACUUCGAAAACAUCCUGCUUCCGUGACAUGUCCUUGUAUAUUUCUCUUCUACAAGUUCGUGCUGUCUUCUUUUCCCGAUUAUAUUUUUCCAUUCAUCGGUGAUUUCACUUUCUUUCGGAUGUUUGUAUCUCAGCUAAUUACUUUAACCAGGGGGUUGAAUAUAACUGCAACUCUUGUGCUGUUAGAGAGUUAUUCUUCGCUAGUUCAUUUAGAAUCAUUGUUUUCUAUAUGGGAGUGAUUUAGGAUUGAAUUAUGAACUAUUUCUUUUAUUUCUGACGUUCCUACCACAGAGAAAAGGAGUAAAUGUAUAUUUUAAAGUAAUAUUUUUAACUUUACUUCAGGUGUUGAUCUUAAAAUGUAGUAUACUCUAGUUCAUGAACAAAGUGAUGAAAAUCCUUCGUUUCUUGGCGUCAUAUUUGAUUGCAGGUGUUUAUUCAUUUUGUGAUGGUCCUGGGCUUUCUCAUGGUCCUUAUCUCGGAAUAGCAACAGUCUGCUCUAUUGCAUCCAUAAUUAUCUUGUCAGUGAAGGCUUGUGUCUUUUCUCCUCUUCUCGAAGUAGAACGACAAGAUACAUCUCCAUUGGUGCGGCAGACGUCGUAUACGAAUAAAGCGUGGUGUUUGCCAGUUAUGUUUAUUUUCUCCAUAGUUUUUGCUCUUGGUCAUGUCAUGGUUGCCUACCGCACUAGCUGCCGGGCACGAAGAAAAUUGUUACUCCACAGGAUCGAUCCAGAAGCUGUGAGUUUCACCGAAUCGUAUACCUCAGAAUUUUUGAAACUGAGAAAACUUGGAAGUUUUUACAUCUCUUCCUUCCUUUAUCUGCUACAGAUUUUGGUCUGCAAGAAUGUUUUCUCAGGGUAUGGCAAGGUUCCUCGAUCUCCCACUCCUUCCUCUGGUAAAGUCUCCAGGAUUGAUGGUGAAACAAAAAGAAGCGUGGUUUGGGAGGAAACUAAUAUCUCGAUCAGUUUACUUGCGGACGCUGAUAGUUUGUUCCUUAUAUGUCAAGGCCUCACGCUGCAUUACAAGAUCAGCAGCAUCGAAUCUCCAAUGUCUCAUACAUUAUCUUCUUCCCCGUUUUCAGAAUGUAGCCCCAACUGUAGCCCCCGACGUGCUUCAUCUGGAAAACUUAAAGUUGAUAGGCCCAUCAAUAUUCCAUCAAAAAAUCAGCAUCAUAUUUCUAGGAGUUUUAGCAACCAAUUCCACCAUUCUUCCCUUUAUGCACCUCUAUUGUCUGGCUUAGCUACCUCUCCCAAUUUUUUUUCUGAUGAAGUUCCUUCUCCAAGCUUGGAUAACCACAAUUCUGAGACGUGUUUGCCUAAUUCUCCAAGUUUAGAAACAGACACUGAGCAAGGUGGGAAGUUUGGUGUUGUGUUGGUUCAUGGAUUUGGAGGUGGUGUGUUCUCAUGGAGACAUGUGAUGGGUGCUCUUGCUCGGCAGAUUGGUUGCACUGUAGUGGCUUUUGAUCGUCCUGGCUGGGGAUUAACUUCUCGACCCCGCAGAAAGGACUGGGAGGAGAAGCAAUUACCCAACCCGUAUAAAAUGGAAUCCCAGGUGACUCCUCCGCCCUGUGUAACAAUAUUCUUCUAUUCUUUGGGCUAUCUCUUUUCCUAGUUCUAAUGCAGAGAACACAAAAGAAAACGUUAUAUUUGACACUUUAUGGUCGUUUGUACAAAAAAGUUCAACAACGUUUCUGCUUGAACAAGAAGUCUGGAUAUAUGGAAAUAAUCUUACACCUGUCACAUACUGAAAUAUAGCACUCUUGUCCAAACGUUUAAAGUUGUGCCUCUCUUCCUAAUCAGAAUCGUAAUAGAUAAAUCUGAUAUAGAAGAAUUAUUAUUCCAAUGAUAGUUACCUCCAAAAUAUCCUUGGUGAUUCAUUCAUAAUCAGGAUUAAAGUGGGCAUUUUCAUCCAAAUUUCUUUCUCUCCUUACUAUCAAAUUUAGGCAUCAUAUCGUAUUAAAGCUAAUAGGCUGCACUUUAUUUUAUAUUUUUUAACAGUACUAAUUUGGCUAUUACGAUUCAUACGAGUAGGACAUAAUUUCUUAUUCAUCUUAGUUUGUCAUAGUGACCGUUUGAUGUAUAAAGAUCCUAAGAUAUCAUACCAUUUCAUACUACAUUUGGCUCUGAAAUAGUGCUGAAUGUUGCUCAAUCUUUAAUUGAAAUGCAGACAGUACAAUAGAUUCGAACAACACUGUUGAAUGCUUUGAUGUGAUGUAUUGAAAUGUGACAUUUUGAUGUAGAUCUUAAAAUUUCAUUGAAUUUUAUUGUGUUUUUCAAAUCAUUGUCCCAAAACAGUUCAAUUGAAGGUUUUUCUUUUUUUUUUUUUUUGGUCAUAACAUGCAACACAGUUCCAUUUUAUUCCAUUUAUGCUUAGUUAAAGGCCUAGUUAGGAGAUCGAAUUUUCUAUGUGGUUACAACAGGUCGAUCUUCUUCUGUCUUUCUGCACUGCGUUGGGCUUCUCCUCGGUGGUUCUUGUUGGUCACGAUGACGGUGGGAUACUAGUUCUAAAAGCUGCAGAAAAAUUGCGUAUAUCUGGGACAUUCAACGUAAGUGACUUCGACUCACAGUCAAUUAUUCUACCAGACACAAUGAGGCAUAUUUCUUCGUGUUGAGUGAAUGGGUUAAGGGUUUGGGUGCCUAGUUGACCAGUGCUAAUAGACACUUACCCAGCUCACUAUAACACUUUGAUAGCCUGGCUCUGCAGCCUUGACCAUUAUUCUGGGAUCUUUAUUCAAAAAAUGAAUAAAUUUACAUACUUUCAUUGGUUUGUACAUUUGUAAACAACGUUCCUAGUUAAGAAAGUUAUGAACAGAACAAUCUCUGCGGAUGAAUAUCACUGAAAAUGUUUAAUAUUGGAAUACACUUGAUCUCUCUGGGUGUUUAAUAAAUAAAAAACCAGUCUUCUUAAGAUCAAUGAACUUAUCCCUCUAAAUAUGCUUGAUACCCUCACUUUCACGCGGGCAUAACAAGUGCUUCUUUCGCAGUUAUAAGGCAUCAUGUGACGUGUUCCAAGGUUAAUUUCGAGAGGUUUUUUCUGAAACACCUUCGCAAGUGUCAGUUUGAUACAGAUUUUUCAGAUAGGUUUUGGUCAUAGAUGCCUGUGAAUAUAAUCAGAACGGAGUAAAGUUGGUACGCCAUCAUCAUCAUGUUGGCUCCUCAGAUGACUUUAUUUUCGCCGACAGUCUGCAUCAAUGUCUCUGAGGGAAUCUCGGGGCCACCUCCUCCAUCUGCUCUCUUCUUACACUGGCAGCUUUUCUCAGGUCAAAGUCAAGGGGGUGGUGCUGCUCAGUGUCAGCUUAUCCAGAGAGGUGGUCCCUGCAUUCGCCCGCAUCCUCUUGCAUACUUCUCUGGGAAAGAAGCACAUGGUGCGGCCCCUCUUGCGCACAGAAAUCACCCAGGUCAUCAACCGUCGAGCGUGGUACGACGUCUCCAAGCUCACCACAGAGGUCUUGAGCCUCUACAAGGUACAGAGCCGAGCCGCCCUUAGCGACCUUUCAUACAUCCCCAUUUAUUUAUACAUGCAUAUAAAUGCAUGCAGGCCCCGCUAUGUGUGGAGGGCUGGGAUGAAGCGCUCCACGAGAUAGGGAGACUGUCCUUCUCCACCGUUCUUUCGCCCCAGAACGCGGCGGCACUGCUGAAGUCUGUCCAGGACCUGCCGGUCCUGAUGGUAGCCGGCGCCGAGGACGCGCUCGUCACGCUCAAGUCGGCCCAAGCCGUGGCCUCUGGGUUCGAGAAUUCCGUAAGCGCCGCCCUCUCCACACAUCGACCCACCCUCUGAUCUCGGCUCACGGCUACGCCUAUCCUGUUACAGAGGCUGGUGGCGAUCUCCGGGUGCGGUCAUCUCCCCCACGAGGAGUGCCCCAAGGCCCUCCUGGCGGCCCUCUCGCCCUUCAUCACCAGGCUGGUCCCCUCAGCGCUGCCUGAUGUUCUUUCCCAGAGACAGUAG